AUGUCGAGGUUACUGAGAGCAAUCAUAAUCAGUGCAUACAGUGCUUUAAUUUUCUACUUUAUUAAAUCUUUAUAUAGUAAAGAAAUAAAAAUAGAAAUACAAUAUAUAAUCCGUACACCCGGUACUUUACGAAAACUAGAAAGGGAUAUUAAGAAAAAUACAGGUUCAUAUAUUCAGACAAACUUUACGAAACCAGAUCGCCUAUAUACCGAUUUUAAAUACAUCUUGAAGUGGACAGAAGCAUUUUCACACUACAACUCCCGUUACUCCAAGCUAUUCAAGACCGGCCAACAAGCCUUUAUGGACAACAAUUGUACGUAUAGAAACUGUUUUGUGUCGAACGAUAAAAGUCUGCUUGGAGAUUUGAGGUAUUAUGAUGCAAUAUUAUUUGACGUUGAGAAUAAUUGGGACAGGCAUCCGCCCGUGAGAGCUGCACAUCAAAAGUAUAUAUUUACAGCGUCAGAAUCGUCAGGAUAUUAUCCAAUUUGCAGCAGUGAGUUUGAUGGUUAUUACAAUUUAACUUGGACAUACAAAUUAAACUCCGAUAUACGAUGGUCAUACUUUACUAUACUAGAUAAAGAGGAUAACGUAGUCGGGCCAAAAGUAAAUGUAUCAUGGAUUUUGCCUAUGAACCCUACACCUGAUCACGUGAAGAAAAAGUUGCGGUUAAAGAAGAAAGCAGUCGCGUGGUUUGUAUCGAACUGUCAAUCAAAAAAGCGUCGUAUCGUAGCGGAUAAUUUAGCGAAAUCACUAAAUAAAUUUAGAUUAAAAGUCGAUAUUUACGGUUGGUGUGGAAACAAGACAUGCCCCAAAAACAGACUUGAAGACUGCCUGGAUUUAUUGCAGAAGAGUUAUUACUUUUAUUUGGCGUUUGAAAAUUCAAUGGCGGAGGAUUAUGUGACGGAGAAAAUUUUAUACCCUACGCAGCAUUAUGCAGUGCCAAUCGUAUAUGGGGGAGCUGAUUAUGGACGGUUUCUACCCCCGGCAUCGUACAUUGAUGCGGGUAAAUUGAAUUCUGAUGAAGUUGCAACCCUCAUUGCAGCGGCUAUAAAGGACAGAAAUGUAUAUGAGGAAUAUUUCAGAUGGCACAAUUACUACGUGUACAAAGAACAGCCACCCAUAGCAGAUAUUUGUCAACUAUGUAAAAGUCUACAUACAGAGGAAACCAAGGUUGUGAAAAAUCUUAGAAAAUGGUGGAACCCUCAAUACAAAGAAAUAUGUAGGCACGGUUCCCAUUUUACUGAUCUAAACUUCUAUUAG